AAUAACAUUAAUCACCCAUCAACAACCACCUUUUCUACACACGCACACACAGAUGGGUGUUCCUGUUCUUUCUUCGCCACCAUUUCUGGGAGUUUUCAUCUCAUUGCUGACAUUGUCUCUCCUUUCUUGCUCUGCACUUGCCAAGGAUGAAGGAAUAACUAGGCAUUACAAAUUUAAUGUUGUGGUGCAAAAUGUGACGCGACUUUGCCAUAGUAAGAGCAUAGUCACCAUAAAUGGGAAGUUUCCUGGUCCUCGCAUUGUAGCUAGGGAGGGUGACCGUCUUCUUAUAGAAGUGGCUAACCAAGUUCAGAAUAAUAUUUCCAUCCACUGGCAUGGCAUUAGACAGCUUCGAUCAGGAUGGGCUGAUGGACCAGCAUAUAUAACUCAGUGCCCUAUUCAAACUGGCCAGAGCUAUGUGUACAACUUCACCAUUAUCGGCCAAAGAGGGACUCUCUUUUGGCAUGCCCAUAUCUCAUGGCUAAGAGCAACUGUCUAUGGUCCUCUAAUCAUUCUUCCUAAGCUUAACAUUUCUUACCCAUUUGCCAAACCUCACAAGGAAGUUCCAAUCAUCUUUGGAGAGUGGUUCAAUGCCGAUACUGAGGCAAUAAUUAACCAGGCCACACAAACAGGAGGCGGCCCAAAUGUCUCUGAUGCCUAUACCUUCAAUGGACUUCCUGGUCCUUUGUAUAAUUGCUCUGCCAAAGACACAUUCAAGCUGAAGGUUAAGCCUGGAAGGACAUACCUUCUUCGUUUGAUCAAUGCAGCACUCAAUGAUGAACUCUUCUUCAGCAUCGCGAACCACGCUCUCACAGUUGUUGAAGCCGAUGCAAUUUAUGUUAAGCCAUUUGAGACCGAGACACUUCUCAUUGCCCCUGGACAGACCACUAAUGUUCUUCUCAAGACCAAGCCUUCGUUCCCAAGUGCCACUUUCCUCAUGACUGCUAGACCAUAUGUGACAGGCCUUGGCACAUUUGACAACUCCACUGUCGCUGGUAUCCUAGAAUAUGAAUUACCAUCCAUUCAUUCAACCAUCUCAAUGAAAAAACUUCCACUCUUCAAACCAACCCUGCCUACUCUCAAUGACACCUCAUUUGCCACCAAUUUUUCAAAGAAACUUCGUAGCUUAGCGAGUGCUCAAUUCCCUGCCAAUGUACCCCAAAAAGUUGACAAACAAUUUUUCUUCACAAUAAGCCUCGGAACUAGCCCAUGCCAGCAAAACCAAACCUGUCAAGGACCUAAUGGAACCAGGUUUGCAGCCUCGAUUAGUAAUGUUUCCUUUGCACAACCAACCACAGCCCUCCUCCAAGCCCACUUCUCUGGCCAAUCAAAUGGAGUUUAUAGCCCUGACUUCCCAAUAAAUCCGUUGCAUUGGUUCAACUACACUGGCAAUCCUCCAAAUAAUACUAUGGUGGGCAAUGGGACCAAAUUAAUGGUACUUCCCUUCAACACUAGUGUGGAGCUAGUCUUGCAGGACACAAGCAUUCUUGGAGCUGAGAGUCAUCCUCUCCAUCUCCAUGGUUUCAAUUUCUUUGUUGUUGGCCAAGGAUUUGGGAACUAUGAUCUGAAAAAUGACCCUACAAACUUCAAUCUUGUUGACCCCAUUGAAAGGAACACUGUGGGUGUGCCCUCUGGAGGGUGGGUAGCUAUUCGGUUUCUGGCAGACAAUCCAGGGGUAUGGUUCAUGCAUUGUCACCUGGAAGUCCACACCAGCUGGGGUUUGAAGAUGGCAUGGCUUGUCUUAGAUGGAAAGCUUCCCAAUCAAAAGCUGCUUCCACCACCAGCAGAUCUCCCCAAAUGUUGAAUUUUUUCACUCACUUCAGGAUGCACACUUCAUUUGAAGUAAUUGACACCGGCGCUAACUUUUCUCACCCAUUGUAAUUCAUUGGCAAUUUUUUUGGAGCAUUUGUGUUAAUUUCCGCAAUAAAAGAUUUCAGUUAUCAUCUUAUUUAUCCGAGUAAGGGAAAGGAGAAGAGUGGUCCUCUUUUUGUAGCAUUCAGAAUUCAAUAUGUUCAUGCAAGGAUGCUUUAAUAAUAUUAUUGGAUUAUCUAAUUUUUAUA